AUGACGCUGUCUACAAUAGCUGAUGAAAUCCAAAAGUUUGCUCACAAACACGAGACAAGAUUAGAUCACCAUGUCAAUCCACUGGCCAUUCAAUUAUUAGACAACUCCAAAUACAUUAGACGCCGUACGCGUCUGAAACCAUACGACUUAGUUUAAGAAUAUAAAUUAAAGGUAGGAGCUCUUAAUUGGAAGUGUGACUUCAUCAACGUGUAAAGUAUAUAUUACCAUUUAAUAUGUAAGAUAUACCUUGUUAAACAUAUUUAUACAGACCUUCAAAUCGCUUAAAUAAUAAAGCCUCUAGGCAUUUGAAAAUAUUGCCCAGAUUUGCCCAUUUGAAAAAAAUGCGAGGAAAAUCGUGAUGUAUUGACAAAAAAUUGGUUUUUUUACAGCUUUUUAAAUUAUUAAUUUCCAUAGUUGAGUCGAGUAGAGAAAACGAUUUUAGAUUCUUGUUUGCUAUAUCCCCUCCCAUUGAAAAUUCCUGAGCUCACCACUGUUCAAGUUGUUCAGGUAAAUAAUACGACUAGUUAAAUUCUAUUUAACUAUCGGUUUAAAUAAUUUCAUAAUAAAUUCCUGUCGUUUUUUAUUGGUAGGAAAUUUAAAAUCAAUAUCUAUUUUUGACACGUGGGUUAUGCAGACAAAUAUUUAUUUAUUAUUAUUAAUAAUAAAUCCCUCAGCUCCUUCAGCACUAAUAAGAAAAAAAAAAGAAAAAGAUCAACAGUAAAUUGUUAGAUUUGAUAUUAAUAAGAUAAUAAGAAAGUAAAUAUUAAUACAUUUUUUUCGUAGGAACCAGGCUAAAUUUUUUAACUUAAUGUGAUAAUAAAUUCAACGAAUCUUAAAAACAAUUAAUUUUACUCUAAAAUAUAUAAAAUUAUAUUAUUAAAAACCGUACAAAAUAACUUCUUUUAUACCAUUUUUCAUAUUUUAUUAUCCUUCCCCGCUUGUGGUGCAUCGAAGUAUUUUUACCUUGAAUCAUCGAUUUAAGUUUCCACUUACUCAUUCCAACCCGAUAAAUACCCUUACCCUACCACUAAUAUAUUAAAAUUUAACUAAUUUCAAUAAAAGUUGUCAAAUUUAUAACAUUUUCACAGUCUAAAAUUCUUUUAAUGAAUUUUAUUUUCUAAAACCUUAAUAUUUUUUGUCAUAUUUCUGUGCACCCAGUAAAAUAAUUAAAUAAGCUUUAUAUAUUUUCUUUGAUAAUAUUUGUUUAAUGAUGUUCCGAGAAUAAUGACGAUACCAAUAAAUAGAACGUAUAAUUUUUUUUCCUGCCCAAGGUGUUGGAACGCUAGGGUUAUCAAUCGUAGAUGUCUACACGUUAUCCUGGAAUUGUAGGACGACAGUGACAACUCGAUUAAAAUAUUCUAAAUUAAUCUUAACAAUUAGAAACUGCGUGCACUCGGAUAACAAAUGUUAAUGUUUAAAUUAGGUGCAAACUAUUCGAGGGAGAUGAACGAAAAAAAUGUAGUGACUGUAUGUGUUCGAUACAGUGUUCUCGACAAAGUGAUCUGCAAUAAUAUUUCGCGAGUGGUUGAGACGUUCGAGACACUAGAUUUAUUUUUAAUCGUGAGAGCAGUACGAGCAGUGAGCAUUGCGACCAACCACCAGAGACUUGAAUGAGGGUUAGCAGUUAGUCGAUAAUAGACAGUUUACAAUCGUUAUUAUAGGUAUGUGUUUAAUAUAAAAUGAGAACACAAUUUUGUUAUUCGUUUUAAAGUUAUUAUAAAUUCCAUCGACAGCGUUUUAUGUAAUGUGUUUUAUAAACAGUUAUUUUAUUCCCCACGAAACUACAUGGACUUUUAAUCGAAUACUUAUAUUAGACCUUUCGAGACUUGGUCAAAUUCUCACAACAUACUGGCGGUUUUUUCAGUUAUUGUUUACGCCGCGGUCAGUGCGUGCAUUUUAUCGUCGUCGCCGCCACCGAAAGUUGAUAACAAUAGUGAUACGCUAAUGUCAACCGUGAUCUACGGCCGAUGUUAUCGUACUUCAUAAAAUUUAAAAUGUAGGCACAAUACCGGUUUACACAGCGAGAACGUCGUACGUUGCGUAGCAUAAAAAAAUCGCUCGCGUGUGUGUGGCGGUUGCCGACGCCGUGUCGACAAUACUAUCGUCGUCGCUCGUUAUUGUCUACCAAAAAAAGGAAGGAAUUUCGAGUAAAAAAAUAUGCUUUGUGUCUUUUUUUUUACAUGUUGGUGUUGUAAGCGUUCGCUCCAUAGUUAUCUCAGUACCGUCGCCCAGCCGCCGUGUCUCCCGUCGGAACUUUCGACGCCUUGUUCGCACCGUCGCGUCGUUGCAUGCCAAGUUUACGAGCCAUUUUCCUGUUCCGCCCCCAAGCCAUCGUGUUCGUCCAAGAAUGCACGGACGUGAAUUAAGAUAUUUGGUUCCGGGCCACGUCACCGUUGCAUGGAUUCCAGUCUCAUUAAUCGGGGUUUUACCAUUCCUUAUUGUUAUUCUUAUUUACCAUUUUUUGUUUUUUUUUUUUUUGUUUGUUUUAUACUCCAUAAUUUAGUAAUCUAUGGCACUAUCAUAGGUCAAGUUAUAUUUAAUGUAUCAAGUAUUUAUUGUUCAAUAGUAAUGGUUAUCCUAAUCUUUCUAACGCACUUAAGCCUUAAAAUGUGUUAUUUUAUUUCCUAGGAAACGCAGGCUAUGCAUCUAUCUGCAACGCGAUAAGUAAGUCAUUAGGUAAUCUUAUUUGUGUAGUUUGUCUUAUUUUACUAACGUCUGAAGACUUCAGUAAUAAAUACCUGUGGACUGUAAAUGACACAGGGGGAUUAGUUACUAUAAAAGGUAUGUAUGAUUAUCCAAAGAGUAUAUUUAAAUUCUGAAUGAUGCGAGAGAUAUAUUGGUUUUUCCAUAUUGGACGUAGAAAGUUGAGCAAAUCCUUUUAAAGUGGACUUUGAAUAUCCAAAUUCCAAAAGAUUUAAUUCUUAUAAAAACAAUUUUAAAUGCUUAAAAUCUAAACCUAAAAUCCGAUCUUUGAAAAAUAUAGACAGUUAACACAGUAAUAUUAGCAUUAAUAGUUGACAAUAAUGAAUUGGAACCGAUUAUAAUUUAUAAAUGUUAUGAAAUAGAAAAGUAAGGAAAAUUGACUAUCGUCCGGUCGAUGGUUCAAGUUUUUGCCUUUGAUGAGACAACAGCUAUUUUUCUAGCGUGCAACAAUAACAACAAUUGCUUACAAAAUUAUACUAUGUAUAGAUACAACAAAACGAUUCAAAAAUUGGAUCAAAUAAAUAUAAAAAAUUACAAAAUAUUGGUGAAAAUAACACAAGGGAGUGGUGACGUGAAAAAAAACCUUAUUUUGGAUUCCAAUCGUCAUUGAUGCAUUGUAUAUUGUCUCAGCUUCUAAAUAUUUUGAUGUUAAAACAUGUUCGGAAGCAACUUAAUUACCCUACAUCACGGUACCUUCAGAUGAAGAGAUUGGAUUUGUUGACAGCCUGGAACAUGAUUAAUACGGUGAAGCGAGAAAUUGGUAAUAUUAAUUUUAUGCAUAAAAAAAAAAAUCUGAAACUUUUUCUAAAAAAAUAAAUGAUCACUUUAUUGAUAUGUAUUUGCCUAAUGAUUUAAUUAUUAAAUAUGAACAAACUACUAUAGUAAGAAAUAUUCGAAAAAACGAAUAUAUGAAGAUGAAAUACUAUAGUUGCCUAUAGACAAAUCCAGAAUAAAUACUUUUUGAGUUAUAUUAGAUCAAAUUAAAGAACGUUUAAACAAUAAACGGGCGUUUUUCAGUUAACAAGAAGUUAAUAGCUGAUGUUCAAUUCAUGGUACCUAAGAAUUUUCACUCAAUACAAAAGGUGUUUUAAAAGAAGUAGCAGAUCUAGCAAAUAUAGAUCUUCAUCAAUUAAAACUGGACUUUCAAAAUAGUUCAAAGAGAAGAUGGAUGACAGGUAUCUAUGACGGAUAA